GAUGAGCACACACUUCACUUGCUAAUAAAAUCCAAUGCUACAAUGGCUGCAUUCAGCAGAUUCAACAGUCGGACAACGUUACUAGAUUUUCCGCUGAAUCCCUCAUCCAAUUAGCAUAUAUUUUUAAAUCUAAAGGAAUACACCAAUUAGAUGCAAGAGCUCACUGAGCGCUCAGUGAAAGUUGAGUCUGCUGAAUACAGCCAAUAUGUUAUCCGACGAAGUCACGAAGGUACAAAGCGGAGGGUCUUUCAUCCCCUUGAAAAGUAAAUGCUACCCUUGCAAUUCGAGUUACAAAGUCAAAGUUUCCAUGCGUACACAAGUUGCAUCGCGUGCGAGAGACCAACCGUAAAACUUUCCUCGAUGUCUACCUUCCCUCUCAUAUACAUGGUUCUUUAAUUUUUAAGAUGUGCAAGCGCGCGCAGACUCGCUCAAGUUUUACAUCGUACCAGAUUGCUAGUCACGAGUCAAGUUUGCGACUGGCAAAAGCGUCACGCACACACACACACACUUUUUAUCCAUCAAAAAAUUCUCUUUUAAUGUUAUUAGAAAAAAAGAUAUCGCUCUAGUUUUGAAUCGUAGAGAAUUUAUCAUUCGACUAUACGAUUCAAAAUGAUUCCCAAUGAACAUCACGAGGCGGAUGUCAAGUACGUGGUCGAGCAAAGCCACGUUGUGCUUCGCGUGCUCGGCAUCUGGCCGUCAGAUAGACAGCCGAAUACGAUCGAGAGGAUCGCGAACAUCUUCCUCGUGAUCGUCUGCUACUUUUUCCUUCACUGUGACAUGGUUCCUGGUGUGCUCUAUUACAUGUUCGUCGACGAUGACGUGCGUGAGAAGGCGAAGAUGAUGCCGCCGAUCAUGUACUCGGUCAUGGCGAUCGCGAAGUACGGCAAUUUGAUCAUCCACGAGCGCGACAUCCGAAGCUGCCUGCGGCACAUUAAGGAGGAUUGGGCGGUGAUGAUCGUGGAUGAUGCGCGAGAGGUGAUGAUGAUCAAAGCCACCACUGGGAGACGAUUGUUCAUCCUGUGUUGCACGUUCAUGUAUUGCGCCGGGAUCUCGUAUAACACGAUCGUACCACUGUCGAGGGGGAGCGUCAUCACCGAUGAGAACGUCACGAUCAGACCACUAUCUUGUCCGGGCUAUUAUGUUUUCUUCGAUCCACAGAACAGUCCUGCCUACGAAAUCGUGUUUCUCCUGCAGUGUCUAUGCGGCGUGGUUAUGUACACGAUCACGGUGACAAUUUGCGGCUUAGCCGCGCUCUUCGUGAUGCACGCCGGUGCACAGAUGGAGAUCCUGAUGCGAUUAAUAGAGAGUCUCGUCGACGACUGCAAAUUUGAGCAGAAAAAUAUCGACACGAAGUUGGCGAUCAUAGUCGAGCAUCAAAUAAGGAUACGAAAUUUUUUACGUCUGGUGGAGAAUACUUUAUGCUAUAGCAGCUUUGUCGAAAUAGUGGGUUGUACUACGAUCAUAUGUCUUGUGGGGUAUUGUAUAAUAGUGGAGUGGGAAGAUCGAAACGUGACCGCCCUGUGCUCAUAUGUAACAUCUCUUAUCUCCGUCAUUAUCAAUAUUUUUAUUUUAUGUUUUAUUGGAGAAUACAUAACGAUUCAGGCGGAUGAAGUGAGCUUAACUCUUUGUACGCUCAAUUGGUAUCGUCUUCCAAUAAGUACGGUGCGCAACAUGGUAUUAAUAACAGCUGCUUCAAGCGUUCCACCACAAAUUACCGCUGGCAAAUUCAUCGACCUGUCUUUCAGAACAUUUGGCGAUGUAAUUAAAUCUGCUGUAAUAUAUCUUAACAUGCUUCGACAAUUUACUGAAAAUCCACGUGUCAGGAUGUUCGCCAACAGAUAUUACGAGCACGACAUCAAGUACACGUUCGAGAUGAACCGUUUUCUGCUUCGUAUGUUGGGCAUGUGGCCAGUCGCAUCAACAAAAUUCCCCCUUUUUGGUACUGUAACUACGAUCGUGCUGGUCACCAUAUGCUUCGCUCUCCUUCUGUUCGAAUUAGUGCCGAGCAUGCUCUACAUAUUCAUGGUGCUAAAAGAUACUCGUCGCAGGAUAAACGUCAUAGGCAAUCCAUUAUUCACGACGGUGGCGAUCAUCAAGUACGGCUUCGUGGUGCUCUACAAGAACCAAGUGAAGGACUGCCUGAUGGCGGUUGAUAAGGAUUGGCGAAACGUCGUCGAGUCGAACGAUCGCACCUCGAUGAUCAACAAUGUGAAGAUUAGCAGACGCUUACUCGCAAUGUGCGCUAUCUUCGUGUACCUAACUGGCGUAGGCUGGCGAAUAAUCAUACCACUAUCGAAAGGGAAGAUCGUCACUGCUGAGAACGUCACGAUCAGAGUUCUGCCAUGCCUCGCCUACUUUGUCGUCUUUGACGUGCAGCGCAGCCCCGCUUACGAGAUCAUAUUCGUCGUGCAGUUCUUCUCGGGAUUCAUGAAGUACACGAUUACUGUGGCGAUCUUCGGCUUCGUAACGCUCUGCGGGAUGCACAUCUGCGCGCAGCUGAACAUACUGGCGACCCUGAUGAACAACUUCGUGAAUGAACAUCAUCUUGGAAGCACACACAAGAAACUAGUCGUCAUCGUGAAACAUCAGGUCAAAACUUUACAGUUCUUAGAAUUGGUGCAGAGUACCACCCAGUAUCCAAGUUUAAUAGAAAUCUUGUCAUCUACCCUAUUGAUAUGCAUUGUAGGAUACUAUAUUCUCUUGUACUGGGGAACCCAGAAUACUGCAAUUCUUUUCACAUACAGCAUUGCAAUGUUGACGUUCUGCUUCAAUAUUUUUAUUUUUUGUUAUAUGGGAGAGCAAGUCAUCGAGCAGGGAGAGAAAAUAGCGUUAACACUAUGCACAUUGGAAUGGUACCGUCUUCCGAAUGCACAAGCGCGAGCACUAAUUUUGAUCAUGGCCAUGUCGAAUUCUCCAGUAAAGUUACAAGGUGGAAAAUUCAUUGAUCUUUCUCUCAGAACAUUUGGUACUGUAAUUAAGAUGGCUCUGACGUAUUUAAAUCUUCUUCGAACAUCACAAUUUUAAUAACUUUAAAUAUUAAAAACUAGUCGUAAACACAUAGCCAUAGCACCGAUAAAUAUUUCAAACCUUAAAAUAAAAUAGUAAUCUAUAAUAAUAGUAAUAAAAGAAAGAAAGAAACACGUAAUGCCUGCAUGUGAAUAACGAGAGAUAUUCCAUUCCUUAUAAAUAAUUGCUCAAAAUAAAAACUUGUAUUAUAUAUG